UCGCCGACCUGACUUCCACAACCACCCCAUGGAUUUCGACGACGAGCUGCUGGAACUCGUCGAUGGCUCUUCGAAGCGGAAGAGGAGCCGCGACGGGUCGGCGCCGGGCGGGAAGAGCAAGAAAGGCCUGAAGAAGCGGAAGGUUGCCGAUUCGGACGACGAACCGGAGAGUGAGGAAGAAGAGGAUACGGAGGGUGACUCCGAGCUGUACCCCCUGGAAGGAAAAUACGUCGACGAGCAGGACCGCGCGGAGCUACUCGGGAAGCCCGAAUUUGAACGGGAGCAGAUCAUCUCGGAGCGUAUGGACGAGAAGGAACGGAUACGCGACCGCAAGUACGUCGAAAAGAUGCGGGCCAAUCAACUCGCCGGGGUAGCGGGAGUGGGUGAUGAAGAUCCGAAGUCCCGUCCUGCCCGCAGCUCUGGCAAGGAUCGGACAAAGGACCGGUCUCUGCACGCCCUCAAGGCUAAACGCAAGGCCAAAGACGAGAAGAAGAAAAACCACACCGGCUCCCCCAAGAAUGGACGUGACCGGUCCUCGUCGCCCACGGACAUGGACAUGUCUGACACGGACUCGGAGGACGGACAGAUCACGCGCCAACAGCAGCAGGAGGAGCGCUACCUGGGCAAGCCCAAGUCGUCGUCCAGUCCGGUCGAUGAUUUGCCCUUGAGCAGCGACUACCUGCGGAAAAUCGGGCUCACGCGUGACCAUUUUGUGCAGUAUAUGUCUGCGCCGUGGUUCGAGCAGAUGGUCGUCGGAUGCUGGGUGCGGUAUUUGAUAGGCAUGGACUCGGGCUCCAACAGGCGAGUGUAUCGAAUAUGCCGAGUGAUGAGCCUUGUCCCCGUCAAACCGUACAAGAUUACCGGGGACAAGAUGAUUGACCGGCAGUUUGUUCUCAAGCACGGUGCUGCGGAGAAAGCGUGGUCUAUGGAGCGUACAUCGAACGACCCUUGGACUGAUGAGGAAUUCAUAAGGCUCAAAGAUACCUGCGUGGCGGAGAGCACCGCGUUGCCGACGCGCAAAGAGGUCGACGAACGCUUGAAGGAACUGCGCACGCUGGUGAACAAACGAUUGACCGAGGAGGACGUCAACACGCUGAUCGCCAAGAAGCGACAGGCGCAGCCGUUCCUGACAGGCACCUCGGCCGUCGCUGAGCGCUCGCGGCUGAUCGCCCAGCGUACGCUCGCCCAGCGGCGCAACGACCCCGAGGAGGUGCGCCAGAUCGACGAGCAGCUGGCGAAGCUGGUAGCGGAGGCGGGUGGUGGGUCUGGUGCAGCGACGCCCGUCGUCGAGGACGAGGUUGCGGACCGGUUGGCGCGUGUCAACGAGCGCAACCGCAAGGCGAACAUGGAGGCUGUGCGGCUUGCGGAGCUCGCUGAGGCGGAGCGGAGGCGACAGAAGAGGAAGGGGCCGCAUGCGAAGCUCGAUUCGUCUAGGCCACAGACUCCGGGCUUGGGCACGCCGGGGACGGAUGAGGCGCUGAAGGCGGAUGGGAAAACCUUUGAGGCGGCUAUCAUCGAUUCGAUCGAGUUGGAUCUUGGGGACUUUUAAAUUUGAUAUGUAUGGUAUCGAGCCUUCGUGGAGAAUUGAACGGUGUUCGAACUUGACGUCGGUCGUUUCUACUGCCUGUUCAUGUGUGUACGUAGGUAGUCUUGCCCAAUAUAUCAGCUUUGAUGUCGA